AUGGGUAUAAAAAGGGUUUUGAGAACUCUCACGCGGAAAGGUCUACAACAUGCGAGUUUCCUGUUGGAAAUUCGUGACGCCCUCUCUAAAGCUACGGAUGAUGGACCUGAAUCGACAUUGCCGUGCGAUGACGCCCAAAAUUUGACUAUUCGGUGGGGUGACUCUACUCCCACUGGUAGAUUCAAAAAACUGCCCUUUUUUUUUUUCUGGCUUGGUCUGGUAUCUUUCUUGAUAGCUCUGAUAUGCUCUUUCUCUGGCCCAUUUAGCGGUGCUGAUAGCGCACAAUGCCGGGGCAUAUACAUGUAUCCCGCUUACGCUAGAAUCACUGGAUUCGAUACCAACUACAGCAGACUGGCAAAGAAAUACCAUUUGUAUCUUUACAGAGAGCAAGGUAAGGAUAGAGAGCCAGCAGCGGACAACGUAAUCAGCCUAGACGGAAUUCCAGUACUCUUCAUUCCUGGGAAUGCCGGAAGCUUCAAGCAGGUGAGAUCAAUUGCUGCUGCCGCUGCUGAGCUUUAUUUCGAAAACAAAGAUGCCAUAGUAAACCCGAACGCGCGAAAUCUUGACGUUUUCACGGCGGAUUUCAACGAAGAUUUUACCGCUUUCCACGGACGCACUAUGUUAGACCAAGCUGAAUAUUUAAAUGAGGCCAUGCGCUAUAUUUUGACCUUGUAUGAGUCUAGUAACGCCGUUGGACCUCCUCCUCGAUCAGUUUUGAUCCUGGGGCAUUCCAUGGGUGGGGUAGUUGCACGAGUCAUGCCAACUUUGAAAAAUUAUGUGCCCGCAUCUAUAAACACAAUAAUCACUCUUUCGUCACCACAUGCGGUUGCUCCUGCCACUUUUGAUGGAGACAUCAUCAAAAUAUAUGAUGACGUUAAUGAAUUUUGGGUCCAGAGUUAUGAAAACGCCUCAAGUUCCUUUGCUCAAAAUGUGUCUUUAAUUUCAAUUACGGGCGGGAUUCUGGACACUGUACUGCCAGCUGAUUAUACAAUUGUUGAACAUCUUAUUCCAUAUGAAAAUGGAUUCACAACAUACACUACGACCAUUCCUGGAGUAUGGACUCCGGUUGAUCAUUUGGCCAUAGUUUGGUGUGAUCAGCUUCGUAAAGUGCUCGCCCGGCUUUUAUUAGAGAUUGUUGAUUUUAAGACACCAUACAAAACUAUAGCUCUUCCCUCAAGAAUGAGAGAGUUUCGGAAGCAUCUUCUGACGGGUUUAGAAUCUUACACAACUCAAGACUUGACUCUUAGAAAUGAUGCGAAUUAUAACAAUUUAGAAAUUUCAGAAGACGCUCAAUACAUUGAUGCAAACGAAUUUGUCCUUUUGGGGGAAAUGGGUUCGAGAUAUGACAGAAUAUUUGAAUUACCGAAACAAUUGGAUAGUUACCGCUUUACUGCCUUGUACUCUGAUGGAGUAGAAGAGGUACAAAUUUUCUUUUGCAAAGCUAUGAGCAGUGAUUACUUACCUGAUAAACAGUUAAAUGAAUUGACAGGCUGCCUUUUGGCUACUAGUGACUUUGUUACAAUUCCAAGCUCUGCUCCAGGCACCAAAUUUCCUGCAGACUCCUCUGAAGGUGGCAGUCAGGAGCCUUACCACUUUUUGCAUGUCAAUGAAACUGUCUUAUCCACUUACGAAUUCAUAUUGUUGAAGGCGCCUUCCGUGCAGAAGAAAUCCUCAUUUUUUGUUGCCGAACUAUCCACUGACAUCGAUUCGAUGCAAAUAAAGGAUGGCCCAUUAAGUUUCCUUUUCACUAGAAGAGAAUAUGAAUUUUCCGGGGGCUCUCUUUUCAAAGAAAUUAAUUUUCCUCACAUUUGGAAUUCGCUGAUAUCAUAUCGAGUUAGCGUUAAUUCGGCGCAGAGAGAUCCACUGUUCCAGCCUAUUUUAAAGCAAUCUGUGGAGCGGCCGUUCGAAACUAAAUGGCAUGUUGAUGUGACAAAUGGUUCUCAUGAUAUCAGCUUUCAUAGCAUCGCUCCAUUCGUUCCAAUAAAAGACAUCUAUAACAGCCCACUCAAAUUUUCCUUAGUUUGUUCUCCUGAAAGCACAAAGGUCACAUUGUCGCUCGAAAUCAAUUGGCACCGAACUUUCAAGCUACUUUUCCUUCGUUAUAGGCUCAGUGUCAUAGCUUUUGCAGUUGCCUUCACUUCACUGGUCAUAGGCUAUCAAUUUUAUCAAUAUCAGGAUUCAGGAGAUUUCAUGAGUUUUGAAUCAGCAGCUAAGCUCUUUUUGAGUAGGCAUGGCAUGCCACUAUACUUUUUCGUGAGUAUUCUUACUCCUUUGACAAGUCUGAAUCUCAUCCAGCGGGUCCAUGGUUUCCUGCAAUACCUCGGCCUCGAGAGGUUGGCCCUUCCAUUUGAUAAAUCCUUGUCCAUGAAUGCUUUCUUUCUGGGUAUGAGUGAGACAUUCAUGUGGUGGCUGGGACCGUUCCUACUAUCAAUUGUCAUCUUCGCCCUCAUUACGCUAGCCAGACUCAUAGUACUGAUAGAAGCCGGUUCUGUUUUUUUGAAAGAAAAACUUGGCUCAGUCGCCGUCCUGUCUGAGCCCUCCGCAGACAGCUUUCAAGGACUUCCAUUCUCAUCCUUGAAAGCUCGCAACUUACUUGGGACUGCACUGUUGAUUUUAUCAGUUUUCUGCUAUGUGCCAUACCAGUUCGCGCUAGUGGUAAUGGCUCUUGUUCAAGUCAUUGUGUGCUUGAAAGCUGCGCUUGCAAAGCAGACUUCCAAUUCCCAGUCUAUAAAUCUGGUCAAUUACAACAAUUCCUUUUUACUUUUGCUUCUCUUUGUUGUCCCAAUCAACGUUCCGAUUGUGAUAGUUUUUUUGCACAAUUUGGCAAUAAGGUGGGAGACACCGUUCUCUUCUCAUCACAAUUUUCUCUCCGUUUUACCGGCAGUAUUGUUGAUUGAAAAGAAUGCCAAGUUUUCCAUUCCAAAGAUACGGGGCACGAAGGAUUUAAGGUCAACCUCCGUUGUUGCAUUUCUCUUCUAUCUCGCCACGUACAGUUUUCUCAGUGGCACGAGAAAUCUGUAUUGGUUGCAUCAUCUUUUUAACCUUCUGUGUGCCGUCAUCAUUUUGACCGACAUCUCAUAA